CCGAGAGAUAACCUAUAACGAAGAGUUGCUGCAAAGUCAGUAGCGGAGGAAACUGAACAACGAAGGCCUAAGGGAGUGAGUAACGCUUGUAAGUUUUUUGCUUUUCGUGUUUGAUGCAAGAUGCUAUUAUCGGAGACACAUCUGAAAACCCUUUUUUCGUAUGGAAAUGUUUAUUCCUUUCAAUCCCCGUACGCCGUACAUGAGCAUUCUAACUCACAAAUCUGAAUGUUAGAACAGGGAUCUUUUCAAGGCCGGAUUCUUACAAAUUUGUCACCCAAGAGAUAGAUCUUAUAGAGUCCAGCUAAUCCAGUUCUCACGCAGCUUCUAACAUUUUCAAAAUCCUUGAUAAUUUGAAGAAAUAAAGAGCAAGCACUGCGAGUAAACUGUCUCGCUUGGAAACUCAACAAAGUGACCCUCAACGAGGACUCGACCCAAAACCGCCCAACCCAAAAUUGCUUCAUAAAUUCAUAUGAAUAUCAGAAUAUUUCACUCAAAACUUAUUGCGUGCUCAUUUCAUUAAUAUGCCCUUAUGAAUUCUUUGUUUGUUUGUUCCUUUUUCAAAGGAAAAUGAAGAGCCUUGUCUUGUUGUCGAUAACUUUGGCUCUGGCCAAGUCACUUCCACUCGAGACCGAUCAGGACACCGAAGUCGCGCUGAACGAGGACGAAAAGAUUGGUAAGUGCUUCAGUUUUUAUCAGUUUUAUUAGAAUCUACCUCAAGUCUAACACGGCGUGCAACAUCCAACAAUAGUUUCACUAAGCAGACUUCUGUCAUUUUGAAAUCAGUUUCCUCCUCCUUUUAGUGAAAGGAGGGGCUAGCAAUCUUUGGCGCAUUCAGCUCUUUUAACAAAGUAAAACGAUUUAUAUUUUCCUUUUUUUGUAUAUCUUUACUUGUCUUAUUCCUUUGCAUUUCUGGCAAAGCUCAAUAUAAUAUAGAGUGUUAAAAUUUUAUUUUAAAUAUACUCAUUUUCCACAAGAAAAUCAGCGUGAUCUCAACCUCUCUUGUUUUUUAGAAACACUUGUUUUCGAUCCCGAGGUAUCAGAUACAGCUGAUAAGCUUGAAAUUGCUGAAAGAGGUAAGUCCGUCAUAAUCUGUCGAUGAUUGCAAAGUUUUUUUUUUUCUUUACCUUUUCAAGGUAAUACAAAAUAUCGUGUUUUCCAAUGUUGCUGUGAGUUGUUCUCAGUGGACUGACUCCCCAUCAAUAAUAUUCUGCAUGAACUAGUUCAUGCCUAGCUUCGAUAAGCGAUAGUGAAAGGAGGGGCUAACAAUCUUUGGCGCAUUCAGCUCUUUUAACAAAGUAAAACGAUUUAUAUUUUCCUUUUUUUGUAUAUUUUUACUUGUCUUAUUCCUUUGCAUUUCUGGCAAAGCUCAAUAUAAUAUAGAGUGUUAAAAUUUUAUUUUAAGCAUAAUCAUUUUCCAGAAGAAAAUCAGCGUGAUCCCAGCCUCUCUUGUUUUUUAGAAAAACCCGUUUUCGAUCCCGAUGUACCGACUGAUUAUCCGGGCGGUCAAAUAUAUACGAUCGGCCGGCUCAAAAACAGAAAUAGUGAUCGCUAAAGUAAUUCCUAGUUUUGUUCUUGGAUAUAGUUCAGUGAAUGCCCAAAAAGAGAAAGUGAUUACCAAAACGUCUAAAUUUGAUAACUGUACUGUCUCCUUUUUUUUUUCUUACUAAUUUAUGACUCAGUUAAAGCUUUGUUUGUUUGUUAUUUUUUUUUCGAUAAAACUUUAUUUGAAUAUUGCUACUUUUCAGAUACUGCUGAUAAGAUUGAAAUCGGUGAAAGAGGCUAUUAUCAUGGUAAGUCCAUCAUAAUCUGUCGAUGAUUGCAAAAGUUUUUUUUUUUUUUUUACUUUUUCAAGGUAUUACAAAAUAUCAUGUUGUCCUAUGUUACGGUGAGUUGUUGGUGGACUGACUCCCCAUCAAUAAUAAUUCUGCAUGCGCUAGUUUAUGCCUAGCUUCGAUAAGUGCUUCAAUAAUUUGGACUCGUAAAGUGAUACGCAAAGCUUUCGGAGCUUGUAGCCUGUUUUAAAUAUAACGGAAUGACAAGUCGUUACUAAAUUUCAUUUGAGUACACUCACUUUGCAGCGAGGCCUGAUUAGCUCUGUUUCCAGGUGCGAACGUUUUUAACCAAGCGUAAGGCAUUCCCAUUUCCUUUAACCGUGCUGAAAUUUCCAUUAUGAACAGAAAGCAAAGUCUGUCCCGUUUCCCUUUUUCAAAUGAAGAGGCUGUUAAGUGAGUUUCCCUCCCUCUCAAAUUUCGCUACUGACAGGAAGCUAGAGAAAAGCAACUGGCGCGAGAGCGUGCCUUAUUCAAAAUUAAGUUUAGAUAACAAUAAAUGCGAGACCUCUAUAGUUCUUUAUGUAGCCCAAGUAGUGCUGGUGGCCGUUAACGAAGCCCCAACCAUGAAACAAGGGUGUUCAAUUACCCGGAGGAAAAUUCUGCUAUAACGACGACUAUCCUAAACAAUCCUGAAACUGACCAGUUGAAAAUUUAUAAUGCGGGGUGAAAAUUGAGCUCCUUUGUUUAAGCUUCUUGUUGCUGGUAAUUGCAUAUUUUUAACAUUCUGAUCCUUGAAGGACGAUUUCUGGUGGUUACACAACCUUGCCGUAAGAAUUUAUUUGAUAUGAAUUAAGAUGGAGUCUUAUUUCUUUCGACCUGCAAUUAAAUUACUAAGUAACGGUUAAUUUGUUUGCUACGUGGAUUUUUGUGUGCCCAUGUUUUCAAUUGUUAAUUAAGCUUUAGAAGUGGAUGUGCGUUAAGUCAAACUUUCACUUCUUAAAACGGUACGAUGUGAACGUCAAGAACAUCCUAGUAAUAAGAGGAAAUUUAAAUUUUAUCAUGUGUUAGGAAAAGGCUUUGAAUUAAAUUGGGGAGUUGCGGAAAAAUUAUACUUUUGUAAAAAAAAAAAAAAAAAAGAUAUUUUGAAGGAGAAAAUGACCAAUUUGUGUCCUCACAAGACCUCAAUCGAAAAACAGACAAAUCAGUCAUGAGUCCAAAGGAAUUAUUUUGAAGCUAACCUCAUAGAGUCUAACUCAGAUGCAAAGUUUCCAAGAUAUCCGUGAGAUGGCCCAAAAUUUUGUGAGGAUGUUAGAGAAAGAGCCUCUUAAAAUAAUUGUGUUUUCUGGUAAAAUUUGACGUUGUUGAAAUCUUAACUCUUAGGUAUUAGCAAGGGAAUAUAUCUCAUUGAAAACUUCGAAACAAAGCGCCUCUUGUUCCAGGACGGCCCUAAAAUAAAAGGGUCUCGUGGAGCAGAAAAGGGGUGGAAGGCUCAUACAGGCUUCAAAGCACCAGCUGUUGUCGGCGCUGAUGCAAAUUACUACAAUCGAGCUUACUGGAAGAUCAUUCCUCAAGGUGGUGGCAAAUACCUGAUUGAAAACGUCGAGACGAAAAGGUACUUGUUUCAAGAUGGUCCUGCCAUAAAAGGGCGUCGUGGAGCAGAAGCUGGGUGGGCGGCUCAUACAGGCUUCAAAGCACCUGCUGUAGUCGGAGCUGAUGCCAACUACUACAAUCGAGCCUUCUGGGUGAUUACUCCACUAGGUAGUGGCAGGUACUUCAUUGAAAACGUCCAUACGAAGAGGUUCGUGUUUCAAACUGGUCAACCGAUUAAAGGGAAGCGUGGAGCAGAAGGGGGAUGGAAGAAUGCUUAUGGCCUUACUUCACCUGCUGUUGUCGGUGCUGAUGCCAACUACUACAACCGAGCCUAUUGGAUACUACACAAAGUGCAUUAGACUGAUAAAAAAAUGUGCCAAGAACGUUAGGGGUAUCAGCUAAAUGGAACUAUCGGUAGCUUUUCCUGGGUUGUAGUGCAAGUUUGUCAAGCUUUUGACUGUACUAUGAAAAAUAAAGGCACAAAUUAAAAGAGA